GCAGCCACAGACACACCAACAGCUACAGAAUGCCGCCUCAGCAGGGCAAUAGCGCGACGCCACAGUCUGCGCACCCAGAGGACGUCCUCGAGUCCCUGCCCACAAAACAUGACACAGACGUUACGGCAGCGGAAGAGCGCGCGGUCAGCUGCUCGGCCGUGCAGCGCUUCCUGAAGAAGUCCGCCUCGGAGGCGUGCAGCGUGGCGACGGCCCGCAAGCGGCUGCCCAUCCUGCAGUGGCUGCCCGCCUACACCUUGUCCACCCUGCUGCAGGACGCGGUGGCCGGCAUCACCGUCGGCCUCACCGCCAUCCCCCAGGGCAUCGCGUACGCCGUGGUCGCUGGCCUGCCUCCACAGUAUGGAUUAUAUGCUGGAUUCAUGGGAGCUUUCGUUUAUAUAUUUCUGGGAAGCUGUAAAGACAUUACAAUUGGGCCUACAGCCAUCUUGUCGCUAAUGACUCAAGACGCACUUGCUGGAAAAGGAGUGGAUUUUGCAAUACUGCUUUCUUUUCUCACUGGCUGCAUCGUAUCUGCAUUUGGUAUAUUGCAUUUGGGUUUUCUUGUGGAUUUUAUCUCAAUGCCAGUGACAACAGCGUUUACAUCAGCAGCUGCUAUUACUAUUGCAUUUUCCCAGCUGAAAGGUCUGUUGGGAAUUGGAGGCACUUCUAACGAUUUUCUUGAAUCAUGGUCAAACUUAGUGGAAAGAAUUACAUAUGUUCAACUGUGGGAUGUUGUUCUAGGAGUCUGUACCAUUAUAGGAUUGUUAUUUUUACAGAAACUGAAUGAUAUUGACAAGGGAAGAGAUCUUUCUGGGAGUUCUAAAGCAAGGAAAGCACUCAGCAAAGUAUUUUGGUUUCUGGCCCUGAGUCGAAAUGCAAUUGCCUGUAUUGUUGGGACUCUUUUGGCAUAUCUCAUGUACACGGAUGGCAAUGCUCCUUUUUCUUUAACAGGUGAAAUACAAAGUGGCCUCCCACCAUUCUCUCCACCACCAUUCAGUACAACAUAUCAAAAUGAAACAUAUAGCUUCCCAGAAAUGGUAUCUGCUCUUGGCACAAAUAUCAUCACAUUGCCUCUGAUUGCUAUACUGGAAAGUGUGGCAAUUGCUAAAGCAUUUGCUGGUGGGAAACCUAUUGAUGCUACACAAGAAAUGCUUGCCCUGGGAGUAUGUAACAUUGCUGGCUCAUUAUUUUAUGGAAUGCCAAUCACUGGAUCUUUCACAAGAACAGCUGUUAACCAUUCAUCUGGAGUAAAAACAACAAUGGGUGGCCUCUUUACAGGUGCACUGGUGCUGUUGGCUCUAGCAUUUCUGACCUCAACAUUCUUCUUUCUUCCAAAAGCGACAUUGUCAGCCAUUAUUUUGGCAGCUAUGUUCUUCAUGGUUGAUGUGUCUGUCAUCCCAUUGUUGUGGAGAACUAGAAGAAUUGACUUGAUUCCUUACUUCAUCACAGUCUUGGCUUGCCUCUUCAUUGGCCUUGAGCUGGGUAUGGUCAUUGGAGUUGGUGUGAAUCUCAUUUUCAUUCUAUAUGAUGCAGCCAGACCAAAAAUUAUCAUUAAGGAACGUCCUGUAUUUGACAUGAAUGUACUUCUAGUGGCACCACAGCAGAAUCUUAUGUUCCCGGGUGCAGAGUAUAUACGUGAGGAGGUAGUGCAGAUGUGUUCAGAAUCCCAACCUGCUGUUGUCAUAAUUGAUGGUGCAAAAGUGAAAUGGAUAGAUGCCACAGUUGCUAAGGUGGUGAAACUACUAAUGAAAGAUGUGACUAGUACUGGAAGUAAAUUUCUGCUCUGGAGGUGGAAUAAGCAAACAAAAGACACUCUAAUAGCUAUGGAUGAAGGCCUCAGAUCUUUCUUUUUCUACUCUGAAACACCUGAGGAUGUUAUUAAAGAAGCUGUAAAGCCACACAGAGAAACCUGAAAUGUGCACGAGAAUGUUAUGAGGAUGUAUCUCUCAAUGGGGUCCCCGCUGUUCUGAUGGUCACUUCAUCUACCAAUAUAUUUCAGUGAAACCACAAGAAGAUAUUUCCAACUACUACAAUUGGACUGCAUGUGGCCAAAGUACACAGAUUCAAUGUCUCUGCCAAGAACUUAUAGCAAACCACACUAGAAUUUAUCAGACACAUUAUUUUAAUAGCUUACAACAUUUUGCUUCUUUAGUGUGUGCCAGACAAGGAGAUGACCAAGUGUUUGCACAGUCUCUGAGAGUUAGGAAGAGUUGAAAGGGAGUGAAGCAGGUCUGCUCAUAUUAACUCACACUAGUUUUGUAGUGAAUGACCAAACCAUUUCAAGAUUUCACAACAAUGAUUUUGGGUCCAAUUUUCUACUAGUCAGUAUCCAUUAUAUGACCUUGUUUUUCAAUUGACAUUAAAUUUAUAGAUACGUCUAUGUGGCAGGGCAGAAUAUGAGUUCAAUUUGUAAAGAUCUUUUUUUUCCUAGGGCAUGGCCAUGGAGAUGAUUACUUCAGUUUCAUACCAAGCCAUGUUUAUUAGAUGCAGGAAAAGUUAUGAAUACAAAACAUUUGAAUCUGGUAAAAUGU